UAAAUUCGCACUGACCUUAAAUUAUGAACACGUUUUUGUUUUACAAACAGGAAAUGAGACCUCGUGAAUGCAUCAUAGAGGCAGGUAGGGAUCCAUGUCGUUCGAUUUCUUGAGGACCAUUACCGAAGUCGUUCGCCAUUUUAUCGCCGAUGUCAAGAACUUGAUCCGGUGAUCUCGUCCCCUCGCCGGAGAAAUGGACGAGACGUUCUUUGAUCUCCGAGUUCUGGAAGAAACCCACCAUAACCGAACCAUUUAUCGACAUUUUGGUCUGUGCAGUGCCGAUAAGGCUCGCUGUCAUGAUUGGCCUCGUCAUCGGCUGGUCAUGGCGUCCUCGGUGGACCAGCUUGGUCUUUCUAGGCCUCCGCUCCAAGUUCCGAUUCAUCUGGACGGCGCCGCCUGGGUUCGGGGCUCGCCGGCUCUGGCUUGCCUUUACGACUCUCUCGGCCUUCUCUGUAUGUCGUACCAUUCGGUCUAAUUUUAAAGAGAGAGGCAAGAAAUCGACCGCUGUGACUUCGUCUUCGGCUGGUCAAUUGCGGCCGCCGUCACCUCUGGCUAGAAGUUUGUCGGAAGGGGCUUCUGAAGCUGUCAGCACCAUAGCUGAUGGGAGAGAGCAGGAGAUUGUCACAGAAUGUGAUUUUCAGCACCUGUUGCAUACUUGCAUCUACUUGAAGGGAAAGAUGGAGAGAUGGAUUGGCAAAGUAUGAUGGAAAGGUCUAGCCCAAAUAUGGCAUACCAAGCUUGGCAGCAUGAGCCUGAGUUUACCGUAGCAGGACUGUCUUUGAGGAUGCAACUCCUGAGGUCGUCAGGGAUUUCUUCUGGGACUAUGAAUUUCGACCAAAGUGAGAUCCCAUGCUUGCAUACUGCAGAAUAUUGGAGGAGCAUCCCAAUACAGGCACAACAAUUGUUCACUGGAUAAAAAAGUUCCCUUUUUUCUGUAGUGAUAGAGAAUAUAUAAUUGACCAAAGAAUUUGGGAGGCUGGGAAGAGAUAUUAUUGUGUGACAAAGGGUGUCCCAUAUCCAGGUUUAAAUAAGCAUGACAAGCCAAGGCGUGUGGAGCUUUACUUUUCCAGUUGGGUUAUCAGGGCUGUGGAGUCCCGGAGAGGAGAUGGGCAGCUAUCAGCAUGUGAGGUUACUCUAGUCCAUUAUGAAGACAUGGGAAUCCCCAAAGAUGUGGCAAAGUUGGGUGUUCGUCAUGGAAUGUGGGGUGCCGUAAAGAAGCUGCACUCUGGCAUGAGAGCAUACCAGAAUGCCAGAAAAUUAGACACUUCCUUGUCCAGAUGUGCUCUCAUCUGACGUAUCACCAUGAAAACAUCUUUUGAAGGAAGCACAGAUUAUUUGGAGCCGGUUUCUGACCAACAUGGUGACCAGGUUACAGAUAUCAAAAGACAGAAGGAUCACGGUGUUGAUUGGAGAUGGAUUGUUGCAGGAGGAGCAGCGGCACUGGUUUUUGGACUUCGUUCAGGUGUCAUUGGCGAGGCAUUGUUACUUGGAGCAGGACAAAGAUUUACUAGGAGGUGAGAAUUUUGGACGAAUACAUUGUUGUAUUUGUAUCUGGCCAUUGUAUUUGUACCUGGUUUUCAAGAAUCGU